GCUAGUACAAGUAUUAGAGUAUCUAUAGUAGGAGAAUAAAUUCAUUCUCCACCUCAUUUACAAAUUCAAAAAAAAAAAAAAAUCUAACCCGGGCUAAGAAGGUCAUUUCAUAUUGAUAUGUUUACUUUUCCAUUUAUUUUUUAUCCCCACACUUUCGUACUCGGACAGUUGGACUUCCAUACUCAUCCUCUUAUGACUUUAAUCUCUGAUCUCCCAUGACCACUCUCCCAAAACAGCCAAACUCCUCCAAUACCUCCUCUUCCCACCACCGCCAUCGCUCCCACAAUGCCACCUGACACCAGAACCACCGCACUCCUCCUCCUCACCAUCCUCCUCCUCCUCCUCAGCUCCCACACUCCCUCCACCGCAGACCUCCCGCAAUUUCGGGAAGCCCCAGCAUUCCGCAACGGCCAGCACUGCCCAAUCUCCACAUGGCCCUCCAACCCACACGACCCUUCCACCAUCCACGUCGCCAUGACACUUGACUACUCCACGCCAUACCUCCGUGGCUCCAUCGCCGCGGUCUUCUCAGUCCUCCAGCACUCCACCUGCCCAGAAAACACCUUCUUCCACUUCCUCACCACCACCCGCCACCGCCAUUUCCAAGGCCUCAACUCCACCAUCACCUCCACUUUCCCCUACCUCCGUUACCAUCUCUACCACUUCUCCCCCGCCUUAGUCAACCACCUCAUCUCCUCCUCCAUCCGCACCGCCCUCGACCAACCCUUGAAUUACGCCCGCAUUUACCUCGCCGACCUCCUUCCCUCCACCGUCAACCGCAUUAUAUACCUCGACUCUGACCUCAUCAUCAUCGAUGACAUCUCCAAGCUCUGGAAAAUCAAUCUCUCCGCGCAUAUUCUCGGCGCCCCCGAAUAUUGCCACGCAAAUUUCACCAACUAUUUCACUCCCAAAUUUUGGUCCAACAGAUAUGUCUCCAGCACUUUUAAUAACCGUGCCACAUGUUAUUUCAACACAGGGGUUAUGGUGAUGGAUUUAACGAAAUGGAGAACAAAUGGGUGCACGAGAAAACUGGAGCAUUGGAUGAGGAUUCAAAAGAAGUAUAGAAUUUAUGAGCUGGGCUCAUUGCCGCCGUUUUUGUUGGUUUUCGCCGGGAAUGUCGAGGGGGUUGAGCACAGAUGGAAUCAACAUGGACUCGGGGGGGAUAAUCUCGAAGGUUUGUGUAGAGAUUUGCAUCCGGGUCCCGUUAGUUUGCUGCAUUGGAGCGGAAAAGGGAAGCCGUGGUUGAGAUUGGACUCGAAGAAACCUUGUCCGUUGGAUAGCCUUUGGGCUCCGUACGAUUUGUUUAAACAUCGGCCAUUGAUCUCCGAUAGUUGAUGAUGCUGGUCGUAGGAGAUUGUUGCCCCGUGACCGUGAGUGAGUAAUUGGGAUGGAAACAGGUGAGGAGAGAAUGAAAAAGGAGAAAUGAGGACAGAACAGAUAGAUUUAUGGUGACGUGAGAGGAAGAAUACUUUUGGGGUUUUGGUGGAAUGUUGUGGCGGAGCUCUGGUGUGGUACUGUCGGUGGGUUUUUCUUGGCCGUCCGAUGUGAGAGAUCAGGACGGUAAGAUUUGGUGGUGGUGGUUUGGGAAUGAGGAUAUGAUGGGUGCAUUGUGAUGCUGGGUCCUAUUUUUUGGGAGUGGUUGGAUUCCAUGUUGCUAUCAGAGUUUGUUUUGUUUUCUUGGUGGCAGUGGAGGUGGAGGUGCUAAUUGAGUUUUUUUUUUUUUUGUGUGUACAUGUUGUGCUACUUUUUAACCUACUACUACAACUACUACUUGUGGUUGGUUCUUUGAUUGUUUCUGAUGAUCAUAAUCAGAAUUGAGAGAAUUAUUCAUUAUUGAUUGA